AGCAAUGGUGAAGGAUGAGAUUUUUCAGAAAAUUUUGUCUGAAAAAGAAAAAUUACCGACAGUAAGCAUGCUGGAUUUUGCUGGGCAGUUAGCGUGUUAUGCUUGCCACCAAAUUUAUGUAACACCAAAGGCCUUCUUCAUCCUUGUGUUGGACAUGACUAAGAGGUUUGAAGAUGUUGUCGAUAAAGAGAAAGAUAAUCAAGAAGGGUCAAUCUUCUCAGUGUGGACAUACAGAGACUACUUAAAGUUUUGGAUAACUUCAAUCAAGACUUUUAGAGGCACUAAGGCGCCACUGUUCGUUAUUGUCACACACACAGAAAGAAAAUCUACAGAUGAAAUAGAGAAGUACUUUGAAGAAUUCUGGAAUGCUGUACCAGACGAGGACAGAGAUUGGUUAAGUGAGUCUCUGAAUGAUCGUGAUUAUGCUGUGGGUCUAGUUGAACUAAAUGACAAUACAAAGAAAAUGCUGGAAUCAAUGAAAAAGUCCAUAGUUGAACUAUUUACAGAUGAGCUCAAUACAAAAAUUGAAAUCCCUUCUUCUUGGGCUUUAAUGUAACAGUUAUUGUAUGAUGGGGCCUGGAAGAUUUUGUCCCUUUUGGAAAUUUGGAGGCUCAACUCGUCCCUUCCUGAUGAAUACCAAAUUAAAAGUGAUGAGGAAAUGUCUAGGUUUUUAAAGUGUUUCCAUGACAAUGGCCUUCUGUUGUAUUUUGAAGUAGAAAAAUUGAGGGAACACGCAGUACUGGACAUUCAGUGGUUUGCGAAAGCUUUCAGUAAGAUUAUUGCUGAUAAAAACCAUAUCAAUAAAGACUGCAAAACAAGAUUAAUCAAAGAGUGGAAAUCCUUCAACAAAACAGGGGAACUUAGAGAUAAAGUGGUGGAUGCACUUUGGGAAGACGAACCUCUAUACUUGAAACACAAAAGUGAAAUUAUGUCUUACAUGGAGAAGCUUCAAAUGCUCGUACCUUUGGAGUCUUUUGGGGCUGUAUCAAAAGGUGACAUGUCAUGGUAUGUCCCCUGUAUGAACAAAAAGCAGUUUAAAGCUAACUUUUGUGAAGAUAUGUGGGAAUGUUCAUCAAUUUUGUGCUAUCGAUUCACUUCUUUUGCCAUUUUUGUGUUCUACAGACUGGUAGCAUACUGUAUAAGUUUUCUAAGAUGGAAUGUUACCACAGAUGGAGAUCAUGAAGGAACUCUAUGUCUCUAUCAGACAGCAGCAGUGUUUGAUCACAAUGAACACACUGUUGUUGUUGGCACAUGUAGUGAUGAAAUUCAAUUACAAGUGUUGCGAAUUAGACCAUUGGCUGUAGAUAUAGAGGUAUCAAAUGAAAUCGGAGAAUCCGUUGAACAUGCCAUAGAAAAAUUGACAGAAACAUUUAUUGACACAAACAUUUUCCAUAAAGGAUUCAAAUGCCAAAACAUUAUUUGUUGUGGGAAUGAUCUAUCUUUCACUCUUGAAAGCGAGCUGUCCAAAAUCAAAGCUGAAGAAACGCAGUGCAAGUGUCAACUUCAGAAGAAACAUUUGAUAAAUGUACAAAAGACUCUGGGUUUCUGGGAAAAGAGAAAGAUGAGUGUCUCCAGCACUCUAAUGGCCUCAGGACAAGACCUGGAGGGUCAAACUAGGUUUGCAAAACUUGGAAUGGCAACAAACGAUGUGUUGAAUAAGGCAUACAGAGACAUUCUUGAAUCAGAAGUACUCCCCUGCGACAUUGAGAACAAUGUGAAUUCAUUAUCAAACAAAAAGAGAAUGAAUCUGAAGUUGAACCCAGAUCAAGAAGAUCUUUUGAAAAAGGCAAAAAAUUCUGGAUAUAAGGAUUUUGAUAUUUCAUUAACAUACAAGUUCAUAAGAAACAUUUGUUCAACGAUUCCUAAACCAACAAAAGGAAAGUGGGGAGAAGAGCCUGCAGCAGGAGAGGUGACUGUGGGUGACGAUGUCGAGAGAAUAAGGUCAAUACGAAAUAGAUUGACUGCGCACGUGAAUUCAGCCUCUACCCCUCAGACAGAAUUCGAUGACACCUGGUCGACAAUGUCAGAUAUCUGCCAGAGAUUGGAAACCUUCACUGGAAAGAAAUACUUGGAUAACCUCAAUGAUAUUAAAACACUGAUAUUGAGAAAGGAAGAUGAGGAUGCUGUUAUAAAAAAUACUAAAAUGCAAGAAAUUUGGGAAAGAAUUAAAUCAAAUGUGCUCGAAUUUGAAACGAUGUUCAAGCCUAACGAAGGUGCUACAAAUUAGGAGUUCAUAGAAUGCUGUGUAGAAUACUAAAAAGAAUAGUCUACA